GGCGGCGGUGAUGAGGAGUCCGCCCGCCCGGCGGAGGAAGGAACAGAGCUGAAAUGUAGCGCACACUCGACGCAGCUCACACCGACGAGCAGGAGGAAGAUUCCGCACGUGCAAAGCUGAAGGCUGCUCCGGCUGGAAGUGAAGGGCUCCGUCCAUGCGCAGGCUAGCGCUCCUUCUGCUGCCCUGUGCCGUCGCCGUCCUGUUGCACUUGUGGCUGACACCACGGAAGCCCUCCUCUCCGCUGGACAACAACACACACUCGGAUGAGGCAUUACCAUACUAUGAAGUUUUGGUGGGAGUGCUGUCAGCAAGACACAAUUAUGAACUGCGACAAGCGAUAAGGGAGACCUGGCUGGGAUACCUGCGACAUCACCCCCACUUCCAGCACAGAGUGGGGGUGAAAUUUAUUGUGGGCAAACAUGGGUGUCCCAUUCCAGAAGAGGACAGAGAGGAUCCGUACUCGUGCUCCAUCCUGAACUUCACCGAGCCAGUCUCAGGGCAGGACACCGAGAUAGAGAUCGUGAAGGUGUCCGACACCUCGGUGCUCACCCUGUCAGACGUUUUGGCCGUCGCCCUGGACUUCAAGGUCCUCCACCCAGUGGUGAUCACCAGGCUGGGGGUGUUUACCAAAGGACCCCAUACUGAGCUUCAGAGCAACAUAACGGUGAAGCUUCUCCAGCUGGAUCAGGAGGAGGCCGUGGUUACUGCUCGCUUCAGUGCCAUCAGCACUGGGACCAUGGUGAACGGGGUGUGGUACAAACCAGUGGAGCAGUUCAUCUUACCUAAGGGUUUUGAAGGGACACUCGUCUGGGAGAGUUUGGAUUCUUCUGGACUGACAAACGUCAACUCUUCCUCUGUGCAGCUCAAUGACGGCGGCGGCGUCCUCAAGUUCUCUUCCAUUGCAGAAGGCAUAUUGCCUCACAGAAGUGCUCUUGGAUUUCCUGGUUUGGCGGGAGGGUUCACAUUUACGAUCUAUGAUGGAGAGGGUCUGUCAGGGCUCCUGCGAGGCCGACCAGCCAGGAUUCAGGACCAUGCCUCCAGGCUGAGGCAGGAGGACGCCGCCUUGCAGCGAGAGAGCCUCAGGCACGGAGACAUGGUUUUCGUGGACGUGGUGGACACCUACAGGAACGUGCCUUCCAAACUGCUUCAAUUCUAUAAAUGGUCUGUGAGAAACGCUGACUUUAAUCUGCUGCUGAAGACGGAUGACGACUGUUACAUUGACGUGGACUCUGUGUUGAUGAAGAUCGACCACAAGGGUCUCAAGCGUAGCAAUUUCUGGUGGGGGAAUUUCAGGCAGAGCUGGGCAGUGGAUCGUAUUGGGAAGUGGCAGGAGCUAGAGUACGCUAGUCCAGCCUACCCGGCAUUUGCCUGUGGCUCAGGCUACGUGGUCUCUCGUGACCUCGUCCAGUGGCUUGCCAGUAACGCAGAGAAGCUGAAAGCCUAUCAGGGAGAAGAUGUGAGCAUGGGGAUUUGGAUGGCGGCUGUUGGACCUCAGAAAUACCAGGACGCUGGCUGGCUGUGUGAGAAAGAGUGCUACCUGGACAUGCUGUCGUCCCCGCAGCAUACAGCCGAGGAGCUGCACAUCCUCUGGGACAGGAAGCGGGCCUGUGGAGACCCAUGCAGUUGUCCCUGGGGCCAUUAACUCUGGAUCACACCACACGCGCACCAUGUGGCAUCGUGGGUAACAUCACUAGUUGUCAUUUCAGUUUCUGUGGUUUUCUUUAAAACCCCAAAAUGGAGACUUUUCAGAGUUUUAUCAAUGUUGUUAUAUGAUAUAAACACUUUUUUUCCCCACCAAAUGUGUGAUUCUUUAGAUGAUUUAAACCUUAAUAUUAAUGAAAUGCCAACAUUAUGAGCCAUGUGCAACUUCAGAAUGCAUUACAAUACAUUUAGCUGUAGUGUAGCGUACUGCCAGUGUUUGUAUCAUGAUACUUGACAAUGAGGGAAAAGACCACGUGAUAUUGGCCCCAUUUCCAACAAAUGGUACAGUUUGGUUCAGUCUGGUGUGUCAUGCAAUUAUUUGUGUUUCCACUGUCGAAUGUAGAGAAUGGUACCAAACUAACUGAUCCGUACGGUCCCUUGGGGUGUCAAGCACAGGGGUCCUGCUUCUACCGAGUGGAACUGGAAACACUUGACCAUUUGAACCUUCUCUUCAUUCUUGUCUUCUUGUGGAACAGGGAAUUUCUCUCCGUCGCUUGUCGUCGUUCACCGCGUCGCGUUUGUCGUCUAUGUGGAAUUUAUUGGGGAUCUAUGGUGCGUCUUGCUCCAAACUGCACGCAGAACUGCACUGUACCGCUUGGUGGAAACAAGGCUUUAGUGAUGUGGGAGCUGAUGACAGUGAAGGAUAAGAAACGCGCAAUUCCAGCAUGUGAUGCUAAUCAUGUACAGAGUCAUUCUUGUUAUACUUGAUAUUUGACAGACGUAUAAGCCUCUUUGGUUUGACGGGGAAUAUUUGAUGGUACUGCUUUACCAGUACGUUGCUAUAUUUUGUAAAUGAUUGUCAUCUGCUUUUCAUCCUCCCUCAUUAUUUGCAGAUGUAUGACGAGCUGUCUCACAAACACAGUCAGCGCUGUACCUGUCAUUGUGCAAAAUAGUGAUGUGGCCUUAUUGUAUUUGUUCGGCGUCAUACUGUGUGUAUAUUAACACAGAUUUAAAUCACUGUAAUUUGCAGCACAAUUUUUCUUUUUGGGACUGUGACUAAAUAGACACUAGUUUUAACACUGGUUUUAUGAAGCGCUGCUCACAGGUAAUAAAGAACACUUAUGACA